AUGUUCUUGUCUGCUGUUCUACGGGGAUGGAGGCAGCGGGGUUGGCGGUGGGAUACGCUGCAGCGAGGCCGGCGGCGUGCGGUGCACAUCGAGUAUCCACCGCGAAAGAGGUCUCCUGUGAAGAAGCUACACGAUAGCUACGACAAGCUGCUCUUUGUAUGCCAGGGGUACAUAGACCGUCUUUCCAUCGACAAAUUGCCUCCUGCGCUGCAGCAGCGGCUGCGGGAGCUUCGGGAGAGCCCAGUGCCUCUCUACGACGGGCGGCUUCCAUGGUCAGAGGACCUGCAGAAGGCCAUAAAAAGGACGCCAGUUCCGUGUCUCGCCUUCGCCACGGGGCACUCUCAUCAUCUGCUCGAGGUGUUCACUAUGGACGAAGUACUCGCAUUUGAACGACUAAUCCCAGAAAUACGCGAGGGAUUUGCAGGUCUGACAGAGUAA